UUAUCAGCCAGUUCCUGGUUUUCUGCAAAAUUACAAUUUUUUUUAUCUAUGGUCUGUUUCAUCGAACCCUAACCGAAUUGAUCCUCGUAAAAUCAUAAACAUUUUCCCAGAAAUGAGAUAGUCUAUUAUCACCCACCCGUCUUUCUGUUGCCGCCCUUAUCAGUGAAGCGAAAUCAAGACCCCGGCUUUUCGUUCGCCGUUUGCUUGUAUAAAAUUUUCUGCAUCGAUGAAUUAGCACUCCAUUCGACCGGUGGCCGUUGGCAGUGAAAGAACGUCGAAUAUUUGUGCGCGCCUCACUUUACUAUUUAACGUUUCGACAUCUUCGAGCUCAGUGCUUUCCAGUCGCUUAGUUAUAAUACUAAUCAGGUUGCUCAUUGCAACAAUUAACACAGAGUAUAAUGUCAUACACGAGAAAAGUGACCGUCGUUAGACAAGGAUGCGGCGGUGAGCGAGUCGUCACCGUCACGCAUCAAUCCUCCGGCAGUUGUGUUCGCAGUUUCGAAAAUCACAUUCAGAGUUUCGAGCAACAGUGUGGAGCGAAUCCGGCCGUAAACUGGAACAAUAGCACCCAGUGGACCUCAGAGAUUCCCCCAGAGGUGCAGUCGGCUCCCCGCGCUCAAAAAACUGCAUCGCCAUCGUCGUCGACUUCGUCGUCGUCCUUUGCAGAUGCCGUUUUGGAAGCUCACAAUAGGCUACGUGCCCGUCAUUCGGCAUCGCCUUUAACACUGAAUGCGAGCAUGAGUCAAUACGCACAGGAAUGGGCCAACAACCUAGCCAGCCGGAACACGAUGCAGCAUCGCUCGAACAAUCGAUACGGGGAGAAUUUGUACGCAAGCUUUGGCAAGGCAGAAAUUACGGGCGAAGAAGCGGUUCAGUCCUGGUACGAUGAAAUCAAGUACUAUCGGUUCGGGCAGUCAAACCCGGGCAACUUUAGCCAGGUUGGCCACUUUACGCAGCUGGUGUGGAAGGGCUCCCGGCAACUCGGCGUGGGUAAAGCGAGGAACGGGAAUAAUAUCUACGUGGUGUGCAACUAUGAUCCUCCGGGCAAUUAUUCGGGUCAAUAUCCUGCCAAUGUUAGUCCUAGAUAAACGAUUGAAUCGAUAACAGAAAAAACGUCCCUAUUUAUACUUUCUAUUAUAAUAUAGCUCCUUUUCUAACCUUUCAUAAACAACUAUACAGACCAAAAAUAUACGAUUCGGAAGAGUGAACUGAUUUAUAUUUUGCUAAAUUAACUUCGUCCUAACGGUGUCCUAGUUGUCAGGGAAUGCUGAAAACUAGUUGUGAAGUUGAACUUUCUGCUGUAAAAUCACUUUUUGUUUUUACUAUGAUCUGGUU